AUGUUCUGCGGGGUUUUCUGGUUAACUUCAGAUUUAACGAUCAUGCCUGCAUCACACGAUGAUACGACAGAUUUUCGUGAAGCCUUUUCGUUGUUUGACGAUCGUGGUGACGACCGUAUUCCUAAGCAAUUGUUUGGUGAAGUGGUUCGUGCUCUUGGAUUAAAUCCGUCUGAAGCAAAUAUCAAAAGUACAAUACAAGGAAUAAAAGCUGACAGGAUAUCAUUUGAAGAAUUUAUUCCACUCUAUAAUUCGUUAGAAAAAAAACGAGACAAUAUGAAUGAAGAUGAACUUAUCGAAGGUUUGAAAGUAUUUGAUAAAGAACAAAAUGGGUUAAUGUCAUCUGCUGAACUUCGACAUUUACUAACAAAUCUUGGUGAACGUUUAAAUGAUGAUGAAGUUGAACAGUUAUUGAUGGGUAUAGAAGAUAAAAAUGGAAAUGUUAAUUAUGAAGAAUGGAUAAGAAAAUUAUUAAAAAAUUAA